CUUGAUUGAUAGGGCGUCAUUAGACUCCUUCAGAUAAUUCAAGUAUGGUUACUACAAACCAUGGCAGUGCCGUAAGUCUGUUGUUGUUGCUAUUGUUUCCAUUACUGAUUCCCAAGUGUUCAUCAUUUACAUGGUUCCAUUAUGAUACUGUGAGGGUGAAUGUACGCAAUGAAAUCGAAGGUUAUCAUGGUGCGAUGAAUAUGCAUUGCAGGUCUAAUGACGACGAUCUAGGUCAACGUAUGCUCCGUGCAGGUGAGGAAUGGGAAUGGAAAUUUAGUCAAUCACUGAUUAAGAAUACACAUUUUUGGUGUGAUUUUCGUUGGUACAACAAACGGGAUCAUCGUUGGAAUGAAGGUAGCGUUACUGUUUAUGAAGGAAAUGGAUGGUAUGACAAAUACCAUAAAUUAUGCGCAAAUCAUUGCUACUAUUCUGUUCGUCGAGAUGGAAUUUAUCUGCUGCGUGCUGAUAGACAUGGUCAGUGGGAGAAAAGAGGUACUUGGCAUUCAGCAGCAUGAUCCGAUUGAUAAAAUCAUCUAAAUGUUUUUUUUUUUUUUU